CCAACAAUCAUGCCUUCGCUCUCGGCGCACAUCGCUCUCCCUACCCCGGACGCUCACGCCUCCCGUAACCGACCAACACGGUCCAACCCCACUCGCUCCUCCUUCACCCCGGUCGCCGGUGCCAACUCCUACUCCGACACGAACCCUGAUCAAGCAAGCCCCCGUGGUUCCCGACGUGCACUCGUUACCUGUUCCACAAGCCGAAGGCACCUAUUGAAAGGAGUCGAGUCCCCCGAUGGAAACCCCAAAUCAGAUCGUAUCGCGGCGCUGCGUCGACAGGUUGUCAGCCUGCAGUUCUGCUCAUCGUUUGAGUCGUGCGUCCGACUUGCCGCCUCCCGUCGACAUCCAUGGCUCUGUGAUCUUUCGUAUUCUCUCCUGGCGCACGGUAUUUCUUUGCACGUGCUCCAGAAUCGGACGGCGUUUGCUCAGAGUUGUGAUCCUCGAGGCCGGGAGGGGCGACCGGCGGAGUGCACGGGACGAGCAUGGGACGACCAGCAGCGACAACUAUGCUUUUGGGCAGAUGGAUUCCGCUGCGGCCGAGUUAUAUCAUUGAUCGUGACACAUGUAUGCGGCCAGCAGCGACCAGCAAAUACGUAGCUAUGAUGAUUCAAGAAAUCGAGGCAUGGGAUAAUAGAUGACCGCAAUCAACUCCGACAAGCUCGGUGUGAGGUAUCGGUUGCAUCCGCGCCUCAACUUUCCAAUCUCGCUGUUCCGCCGAGUUUCCGAAACACCGUACGUAUGUGCUCCAUCCAAGGUACGCCAUUGUACGUCCAGUUCUAUCCAUCAGUUUUGCACUUUAAACUAAUGACUUCGUGGUGCAAGGAAGAUAUAAUUUUGAUAUCAAUGAUGCAAACAUAUAAGAUUGAUCGCAAUGGAAAAAAGGUAUAAAACAUGCACCUUGGUGUGCACGUAGAAUUAUUCCUUUUUACUGUCUUUACAUUAAGAACAGGGAAACUAUCCAUUAUAAUGAUGGAUGACUGUCAGGGAAAGAUGCAGUAAGCAAAAAUCACCAAAUUUGUUAUGCAGGA